AUGGAGCAUAUUAAAAAUGCAAAGCAAGAAGCAUAUGAUUGCUUGAUACAACGUGAUGUUAGUAAGUGGUCAUUAUUAUUUGACAAUGGAUGUCGAUAUAGCAUCAUGACAACAAACGCAUCAGAAUGUUUUAACGGAGUUCUUAAAUGUGCUCGUGGGCUGCCAAUUCAAGGUCUAGUAAUGUCUAUAUACUAUAAUCUCGUGUCUUUAUUCAUGCGGUGUUCUACAGAAGUUGAGAAGUGGAAGAUGGCUGCCGAAUCUGACCUUGUUCCUAGAAUAAUGGGUAUGUUACAAAGAACUGAACGGGAAGCACGACGUUGCCCUGAACCAAUUACCAUUAAUAGAGGAGAAUUCGAAGUUGUGGAUUCGGCUUGCAAAACACAUAAAGUUGAAGUCCUUACACCUGAAAAGUGUGCUUGCACAUGUAAUAAACAACAAUUACAUCAUUUGCCAUUCGUUCAUGUGAUUUCAGUUGCAGGACAUAGGCGAUGGAAUCACAAUGCUUUCGUGUCUCAAUACUACACACUAAACUCAUAUAAGGUAAUAUACUCCGGGCUAUUCCAUGUUGUCCCUCCUAACGAUGUUUGGCCAAAUUUUAAUGAAGGAGCAGGAAUCAUACCUUUGCUUGCACCAGCUUUUAGGAGACGUGCAGGUAGACCAAGGACAACUAGAUUUCGUAAUACGAUGGAUGAGGCACAAUCAAGCUCAAAUAAACGGUGUGGACAUUGUAAGAGAAAUGGUCAUAAUAGGGAAACGUGUUCGUAUAAUCUGGCAUCGUCGAGGUAA